UCUACUCAACUGUAUAAUGGGUACCAGCGGGUAGCUCAAGAUGAACUGGAAUUCCAUCCAGGUAGAAUGUGUCAUCUACCUGUGGUAUUGAAACUCGAUUUCAACACCGGCGUUCGUGUGCUGUCUCGGGAUGGGCUGAAGUUGACAGCCUCGUUUUUUGGAGACAGUUAUGUUUCAGUACCAUUUCAAGACGCUAGUAGUGUCACCAACGUCUCUUUUCGAUUCAAAACCAGUCGUAGUGAAGGGUUACUAUUUCUGGCGUUAGGCCCUCCAGACUACUGUCUAGUUAUUCUUGAACAUGGAGGAAUAAAGGUACGCAUUAAUCUUGGAUCUGGAGAAGAAAUGUUGACAUCUCCACCAGGAAUUCGAUUUAACGACCUUUUGUGGCACGAAGCGAAAAUCCAUCGAGUCGAUGGGGAAAUAAUCCUCGUAAUAGACAGGAUCUACGAAACAUUCCUACAUGUUUCUGGUCGUUUUUUCGAGUUAAAUAUCAAGUCUGGAAUCUUUCUAGGGGAGUUAGGAAAUAACAACGAUGGUUUUUUUGAAAACAUAGCGAGUUUCCGAGGGUGUUUAGAAGAUGUAAAAUUUAACGAAUAUGAUAUGUUACGUUUCGCAAUGGAUUCCUUAGAAAAACAUGUCUUUGGAGUUACUUGGGACUGUAGAGAAGAAUUUCAGUCACCAUCACUUGAACCAAUCAGUUUUGUUGAGCCCGGGGCAUUUAUAGCUUUACAAACUUUAAAGGCUAGAAACGGGGGCAAUUUUACAUUUGAAGUCAAAACCAAUUCACAGUUGGCAGUCUUACUCUAUAAUACCGGAAAUACUCCAGAAACAGAUUUCAUUGCCGUAGAAAUUGUAGAGGGUCUUAUAAUUGUGUCUAUUAACGAAGGUAAUGGUGUAGUUGAAAUUCAGUCGGAUGUUGUGGUUAGUGAUGGCGAAUGGCACUAUGUGGAGGUGGACUUCAGUCCUAUGUUUUUGGAAGUUGAGGUCGAUGGCAAACGUGAGUCCCUCCGACCAAGUGUAGGACAAAACCGCUUUUUUGACCUUGACGGUUUCUUGUAUUUUGGUGGAAUAGAGAAGAAUAAACAGUCCAGGGCCUUGCAGCAGGGUAUAAAAUCUCUGGUUCUAGGAAGUACAGGUAGUUCUUUAGGUGGCUGUCUGCAAAAUAUUAGACUAAACGAUCAACUUGUAGGCCUACAAGAAGUUCGAGUUAGCCGGGGCAUUCAGCCAGGUUGUGUUUGGAAGUAUCCAUGCAUCCAUAGUCCAUGCGUUCCUGAGGCUCACUGCUUGCAAGACGGUUUAGAAAAUUUCCGCUGUGUUUGUGAUAAGCCAAUUUGUGUAAAGGAAAAUUUCACUGCAGGAUACAAAUUGUUUGCCAAAUCGUUGCCUAUUGAUGUUGAAAUUUUGGCACUAUAUCCCUUAGAAAUUGCAGAAGGUGGAAGUGAUGUUAUAACUUCUGAAAAUAUAAAAAUGAUAGUGGAUUUUCACAAAUACGGAAUAACUGAAUCAAGUGUUAUUUUCCACAUUAUUGAUCCACCUGAGCACGGAUUUCUGGAAGUUGAAAUCUGGAAGGGAUUAUCGGAAAACUUGUUUACGUUAUCUAACUUGAUCUCCGAUAAUGUUCGUUACACGCACGACGGGACUGAACAUUACAAUGACCAAAUCGUUUUCGAAUUGGAAUUUAGAGCUCAAAACUAUCGUUUACCCCCAUUUCUAGAAAAACGGCGCCAAUUUCUUUUCCACAUAAAAAUAUCCCCUGUAAAUGAUCCCCCGAAAUUGACGGUGUCCUCAGAUCAAAAGUUCAGACUCCCAAAACACACAAAGAAAACAAUAACUGCUAACAUUCUUCAAGCUAGUGACCCAGAUAAUGAGGAGUCCGAGAUAGUUUACACAUUAGUGAACCUUGGCUCAAAAAACGAAGGUUUCUUUGAAAAUGUUAACUUUCCCGGUAAAGACUUAAAAUCAUUCACCCAAGAACAAGUAAAUAAGAAGCUUAUUAACUAUGUUCAUCGUGGACCGGCAAGCUCGCGGAUUGCUUUCCAUAUUUCUGAUGGAAUAGAAGAUGGACAAACUAUGGUUUUACACAUCGAAGCAUUUGACUUAAUACUUUCUCUAGUUAGGAGUACUGGUGUGAAGUUACCUUACAAAGGUCACGUCCCUAUAACAACUGAUAAUCUUACCUUUACGACUAAUUCACCUGAUCAGGAUCUAACCAUUCACUAUAAUAUUACUAGUUUACCUCGAUUUGGCAGUAUCCAAAAACGACGACAUGAUGGUCGUUGGCGAACUGUUAGUCACUUCACUCAACGGCAGAUUAAUAAGGGUAAAAUCAGAUAUCUCCAUACAUCCGCGAAACCUUCUCACGACGAAUUUAGUUAUAUUGUAGUUUGCGCGAAAGUUAAGCUCCAAGAAGCUUACAGUUUUAAUAUUAGUUUCAUUAAUUUGAUUUUGAUGGAAGUAAAACGUGACACGCUGUUGUUGGAUAGCGUAUUAGAAACGCCACUGACUUUGAAACAUUUGAAAUACAAAACAAUGCCUUUUGUCGUCGAGUUCCAAAAUAUUAUUUACAUUAUAAAGUCGAUUCCAAAAUAUGGACUUUUGUACCUUGCUUCUAGCAGAAGACCUAAAUUACGACACCAUAAAAAACUACACGAAGGGUCUGUUUUUACUCAGGCAGAUAUAGAAAAUAAACGUGUUUUUUACAGGCUAACUCGCCAGUCUUAUUCAUCUUUAAACGACAGUAUUACGUUUGAAGUGAGCUGUUUUGGUACGACCACAGAGCCUGAAGAGUUUUCUAUUCACUAUCGUCCACUGGAAACGAGUAUUACUGUUGAAAUAGAGAGAUUGACUGUUGUUGAAGGAGGACAAGCAGAAAUCGGGAAAAGUAAUAUACGUAUAGAUAGUCCACAUUCACCUAACAUGAUAUAUAAUAUAACGACAGAACCCCAACAUGGUAAGCUUAUGUUAAUAAAUGCAGGCGAAACAACAGAUUCACCGACUUCAUUUACUAAUGUAGAUAUACAAGAAGAAAGACUUGUGUAUGUUCAUGAUGAUUCGGAACACGAUGAAGAUAGUUUCCAAUUUAUCGCUUAUCCACAGAAUUCCAAAAAUGAUGCUGUGUUCUAUGGAACUUUGCACAUUGAGGUGAUCAUGAAAAACGACAACCCUCCAGUCCGAACCGUUGAGAGGAUCUUUUGGGUCCAAACAAACGGAGAAAAGAAACUAACAAAGAAAGAUCUUCGAUACGAAGACAAGGAUAUCAACUGCUCUCCUGCACAGAUUCAGUAUACACGACGAACUAUACCAAACGGUGCGCUUUACCACACCAAAGAUUCCAGUGUCCCAGUGUUUCAGUUCACACAGGAAGAUCUCAAUGAAGGGAAGAUUAUUUUCCGGCAUAAUGGUCAACUUUAUGGGAAGACUGUCCUUUGGAUUACGGAUGGACAGUUCUUUGUAACUGGAAUAUUAGAAAUAAAAGCUUCGGAACCUUUUAUCAAUCUUACUAGAAACACGGGGUUGGUAGUGAGAAGAGGUGAAAGUGAAGUGAUAACUCCUCAUAACCUGAGCGUGGAGACUAAUGGAGACUCUAGUAAGAGUGAAGUAACGUUCAAGAUUGUGACUAUACCUCAACACGGUAACAUUUUAGUCAGUGGGAAAAAAGAAAACCAGUUCACAAGUACAGAUAUAGAAAAUAGUAACGUUGAAUAUGAGCACGACAACGGAUUUGCUUUCUUGGACGUUUUUGGAUUCGUAGUUUUUUUGGAUAAGUUGCACAUCGAAGGUGUAUUUUCCAUAAGAAUAUUUCCAGUUAGUUAUUGGGAGCCUUUACAAGUUUUGAGCAACAAAACUUUACAUGUUAACGAGGGCAGAGAAAGAAAAAUUGAACCCACGCUCUUAAAUGUUGCUCAUAACAAUGUAAAUCCAAUUAACAUUGAGUACACCAUUACUUCGGGCCCUUUCCAUGGUCAGCUAAGACUAAAUAAUUCAGAAAAAUUGUUUAACGAGGAAAACCACGUCUCUAAUCUUAGAUUUACCCAAGCAGACAUUAAUGAAGGUGCGUUAAUAUACAAGCAAACAAAGAGUCGUGUUACAAAUGACAGUUUUGUUUUCGAUGUUACGAAUGGAGUUACAUCGUUACAGAACCAAAUGUUUUUCAUUGACAUAAUUUCAAAAAUUAUUUUGUUGAAAACGGGAAAUAUUACUUUACAAGAGGGUAAAUUUGUGGCUCUGAACGAAUUCGUGUUAGAUGUGGCCAAUCCUUAUUUCAACCAGUGGAUCUCGAAUUAUUUAAUCAUAGAACCUCCAAGAAAUGGACAAAUAGUGAACGUUAAAGCUCCUGAUAGUACAAUCAGGGUGUUCUCUCCUUUACAGUUGAAGAAUGGCCUCAUUUACUACAAACAUGAUGAUUCGGAGACAACGCGGGAUUGGUUCACUAUAGUGGGAAGAGCUGCAGACUUAAGCAAGGAGAGUGCACCCAGUACUAUUCACGCCCGUGUUACUCCUCUUAAUGAUGAAGUCCCUUACCUAGUUAACAACACCGGAUUAGAGGUAUGGGAAGGAUCUUCAGCCCCUAUAACUAGUCGCCAUCUAGCGACAGCUGACGAUGACUCUGAUCCGAAUGUCUUAACUUAUGAGAUCUCUAUACCAAGAAACGGAUACGUUUCGUUGAAGACGGACAACAAAACUCCCGUUCUUAAGUUUACACAGGACCAAAUAAACAGGGGAAUGGUAAUUUUUAUUCAUACAGGAGAAAGAGCCGGAGGAUUUCGAUUCCAAGUUAAUGAUGGUCUCAACAAAGACUCCCCCCACGUGUUUACCAUCACAGCAAGAGAGUUGAAGCUAGAAGUUAAGGCCAAUGUUCUUCUAAGAGUAUUGCCUCGAAUACAACAGUCAAUAACACAAAGUCACCUUUUAGUUGAAACAAAUAAUAAAAAUUCCUCUCGACAGAUUAUUUACUAUGUCCGUCGUUCCCCUCAACAUGGAAGAAUUCUUCUAGAAGAUCAUGAUGGUUCAGUUUCUGAAGUUUUUCAAUUUACUCAGAAUCACGUGGAUAAUAAUAUGGUAUUAUAUGAACACACCAAGCCUAUGACUGACUUGAACGUUAAUGACACAAUUAUCUUUGAUAUCCAAACUGAGCAUGCGUCUCCCUUGAGAGGCGUUGAAUUUAACAUAGAGAUAUCUGUAGGGACAUUUACUGCCAGCGAUCUGCAAAAAUUAGUUCAAGUAAACCCAUUAAAAGUUGAAGAAGGAGGUAAUAUUUACAUUGGAAAGGAACACAUUGACCUUCAUUCUUUACUGACGCUGUGGGAAGAAAAGGGGAAAAGAGAGUUUAUCAACAAACUGAAGCUAAGAAUAGAAGAAUUACCAAAAAAUGGUUGGCUAGAUUUCCGUGAUAAAAACGAAACGUUGCAAAAUUGGGUUUGGCUUAAUCGCGAAACAAUUGACAAACGAUUGUUAUCUUACAACCAUGAUGACUCGGAAUCUUUUACAGAUAAUUUUACUUUAGGAUUUUUCAUUUUAGAGGAAGGCAAAUUCACGGGUAUACCACCUUUUAAUAAAACUUUAUUUGUAGAGGUUUCGCCUGUAAACGAUCACCCUUUUCAACUCCUAACGAAAUCACCCACUUGCGACGUUGUUCAGGGACAACGAUCUCUCAUUUCUUCUCGGGAAUUAUAUACCAAAGAUGAAGAUGGACUUCCUAACAACAUUACAUAUGAAAUAAUAAGUAACGCUAGCAAUGGCUUCGUUGUUCUGGGACAGAACAGUUUAUCAGCUGUCCAGAAAUUUACUCAAUCGGAUAUAAAUAAAAAUUUAACCUACUUUUAUCACGAUGGAAGCAAUCAGUCUGGUUCGUUUCACUUCAAAGUUUUUGAUGGGAAAUAUGAACCAGUUUACGAAACUUUUCACAUCAGGCCGAUUCCUCUAACUUUAGAGCUAUUGAAUAUCUCUCGAGUGGAAAUCGUGCAAGGUUCAUCUGUAGUGUUCUUUCAACCUAACAAUCUGAAUGCUGUUACAAACGGAGAUAGACAAAAUAUUUGGUAUAACGUUACCUCUCCACCAAUGUUUGGACAUAUAUUUCUUGGAGACACUUUGGCAAGUAACUUCACCCAACACGAUAUUGAUAUGAAAUCUGUGUUUUACACACAGGUGGACAUGUCUGUUUCAGAGGAUUAUUUUACUGUGUCAUUAUUUUGUUUAGAUGUUGAGGUCCCAGACAGAGUGGUCAACAUUACCGUUAUCCCCCUCGUGUCUCAGAAUGACUUACAAAUAUCCACUGAUAGCCAAGCGGUUUUAACUCUAGAACAAUUGGAUGCAUCCAGAUUAGCUGAGAAGACGGGAAGCAAUCCAACCUACUCAGUCGACGCCAAACCUAGGUUUGGUGUUCUCCAAUUUAAUAACUCAUUUCGAAAAAAACGAGAUGCGGAGAUAAAUCUGUUCACCCAUGAGGAUAUUGUCAGAGAACGAGUCGUAUACAGAAUCACAAAUAGGGAUUUUGAAGACUCGACUACUGAUAGCUUUAAUUAUAUUCUAGACGCUCCUGGUGUCCAGCCCGCUCGUGGAAAGUUUGUUUUUAUUAUUCACUCACAAAAAAACAAAACCGUUUCAAAUGACACUGAAAUUCCCCUUUCUCAAGAUACGAAGUUCAUUGAAAUCAAUAGAAGAAAUGUGACAGUUCUGAAAGAAGAUGAUGUUGGAAUGAGUAUACUUCUGUUCACUGAUGAAUACAUCAUAAUGAUAGGAGUUAUUGUGAGCAUUGUUGUUGUAGCUUUAAUAGUAUUAUUUAUUGUUAAGUGUCGCCAAAUUCAGAUGAAAAAACGAAUGGUAUGUAACAACAAUCAAGAUAGUAAACCGCCUGGAGCUCGCACUAUACAGGCGGAACUAAACACUGAAUGUUUACCUUCAGAUAGUAGUGUAUCUUUGUCUGAUGACCUACCCCCUCCAGUUCCUCCUACGUCACCGUCAAGCUUUGGAAGCCAUAGUGGCAGUCAAUCCCCCAAAUACAAAAACUAUCUUAAACAAGAACAGGAUAACAAUAUAUUAACACCAACACCACCUCCACGAUCUCCUGAAGACACUGAAUGGACAAGAGUCACAUCAAAGGUUCCAAUGUGUAAGGUGACUCCUCUCAAUCAUCAAAAUUGUCCUCAAAUUGAUGAACCGUUAGCAAAGGAAGUGCCCUCGGACAUCAUUGAUAAUGAAGAAUUGGACAGGUAUAGUAGCAAAAAUGAUUUGCAGUACGGACCUAUUUGUAAUCCUUUACUAGGAAAAACACAAUAUUGGGUAUAA